UGGUCACUGGUAAUUCGCAGCAGUAUUGGAGUGGUGUGAGUGUGGUGCAUCGGCUCUCAAGAUUACCGACGAGAAAGUGAGGUGUCGUGGUUUGCUGCAGCUGUAGGAUAGAUCCAAGGAAGUAAUCAACCAUUUACAUUUAGCCCAGUUACCUACCUCAUUGUUUGACAGGUGGAAAGAAAGGGAGGGAGGAUUAAGUGUUGGCGGCGACAUGGAGAGCGCCGGAGAAUUAGUGGCAUUUCCAUUGCUGACGAUGCCGAUCGAGUCCAAUUACAGGGCUUGCACCAUACCUUACAGAUUCCCCUCCGACAAUCCCAAGAAGCCCACCCCGACUGAGCUCUCCUGGAUCGACCUUUUCCUCAACUCCAUUUCUUCUUUCCGGAGACGGGCAGAGAGCGAUGAUACAGUAUUAGAUGCUCCUGCAAGGGCUGAGAAGUUUGCUCAAAGGUAUGCGGAGAUACUGGAGGAUUUGAAGAAAGAUCCUGAAAGUCAUGGGGGACCACCUGAUUGCGUACUUCUUUGUCAGCUUCGCGAGCAGGUCCUCCGAGAACUGGGGUUCAGAGAUAUCUUUAAGAAGGUUAAGGAUGAAGAAAAUGCCAAGGCAAUAUCCUUGUUUGAAGAUGUUGUUCAUCUUAGUGAUGCCAUCGAGGAUGAAUGCAAGCGAAUGGAAAAUUUGGUUAGAGGAAUAUUUGCAGGAAAUAUCUUUGAUCUUGGCUCUGCACAGCUUGCAGAGUUGUUCUCAAAGGAUGGUAUGUCUUUUCUGGCUAGUUGUCAAAACCUGGUCCCCCGACCUUGGGUUAUUGAUGAUUUGGAUGCUUUCAUUGCAAAGUGGAGCAAGAAACCUUGGAAAAAAGCUGUGAUCUUUGUGGACAAUUCUGGUGCAGAUAUAGUUUUAGGGAUAUUGCCAUUUGCAAGGGAGUUACUGCGUUGUGGGACACAGGUUGUUUUGGCAGCUAAUGACUUACCUUCUAUAAACGAUGUGACAUACCCUGAGCUAAUUGACAUUGUAUCAAAGUUGAAGGAUAAUCAAGGGAAGCUUGCAGGAGUAGAUACCUCAAAUCUUUUUAUUGCUAAUUCUGGUAAUGAUUUACCGGUAAUUGAUCUCACAAGAAUAUCACAAGAGCUUGCAUAUUUGGCGAGUGAUGCCGAACUAGUUAUUUUGGAAGGAAUGGGCCGUGGAAUUGAGACCAACCUUUAUGCUCAGUUUAAAUGUGACUCCCUCAAGAUUGGAAUGGUGAAGCACCCUGAAGUUGCUCAGUUCCUUGGGGGAAGGCUGUAUGACUGUGUUUUCAAGUACAAUGAAGUUUUAGGUUAAUAACAUAUUCUUGUCCGUGUACUUCCAUUUUAUUUUGGUUCACAAACAUGCGCAGAUGAUGAUAUUACUUCCCCCUUCUCUCCCUGAUAGUGUACUCCUAAAUAUGGUAGGACGAGAUUUCGUACUUUAGAUGCAAGUAGUUUCGUGCCUGCAAAUGUGGCCAUGGUCGUGCAAGCAUGAUAUAACAGAAUGGGUUGUUUU